UUCGUCACUCGCAAAACGAUGCUCUUCUUCUUGUUCACCUCUGUGCCAGAGAAGCUAAAUUAGAGAACGACGACGGAGAAAAUUUGAACUCGAGAGGUGUUGAUGGUCCUGAUAGUUUAGAUGAGAUGGAUGUUGAAGAUGUCGCAAUAGAUCUUCUAACAAGAAGUGGCAAUGUAGAUGAGUUUUGUGAGGCAAGUACGAGUGGGAACGUUGCUCGCAGUAUAGAGCAGUUUGCAACUAUUGGUGAUCUGAGAAAUGGCCUUGAAUUUGAGUCUAAGGAGUCUGCGUACUAUUUCUACAGGGAAUAUGCUCGCUUAGUGGGAUUUGGCAUCACAAUAAAAGCUAGCCGUCGUUCAAAACGGUCGGGAAAGUUUAUUGAUGUCAAAAUAGCGUGUUCGAGAUUUGGAACCAAGCGGGAGUCAAACGCAGCUAUAAACCCACGGUCAUGUCCAAAAACGGGCUGCAAAGCUGGUCUGCAUAUGAAGAGGAAGGAAGACGAGAAAUGGGUUAUAUAUAAUUUCGUAAAAGAACAUAACCAUGAGAUCUGUCCAGAUGAUUUUUAUAUUAGUUUAAGGGGAAAGAACAAGCCUGCUGGUGCGUUAGCACAUCAAAAGAAAGGCCUUCAAGUGUCUCUAGAAGAGGAAGACUUGAAGCUAAUGCUCGAGCAUUUUACGGACAUGCAGGAAAAGCAGCCUGGUUUUUUCUAUGCAGUGGAUUUCGACAGUGAAAAACGGAUUAGAAAUGUGUUUUGGCUUGAUGCAAAGGCCAAACACGACUAUUGUAGUUUUUCUGAUGUUGUUCUCUUCGAUACGUUUUAUGUUAGGAACAAAUACAGAAUCCCAUUUGCUCCUUUUGUCGGGGUUAGUCAUCAUUGUCAGUAUGUGUUGCUUGGAUGUGCUUUGAUUGGAGAAGAGAGUGAGUCAACAUAUUCCUGGCUAUUUCGGACAUGGCUUAAAGCAGUCGGAGGUCAAGCUCCUGGAGUGAUUAUAACAGAUCAGGAUAAGCUUCUAAGUGACGUUGUUGUUGAAAUCUUUCCAAGUGCUCGUCAUUGUUUCUGUUUAUGGAAUGUAAUGAGUAAAAUCCCUGAUAUGCUGAAUCCUUUUGUGAGUCAAGAUGACGGUUUUAUGGAAAGUUUCAGGAACUGCGUGCACAGCUCUUUGACAGAUGAACAAUUUGAAAAGAGUUGGUCAAACAUGAUUGGUGAAUUUGAACUUAGCAAGAAUGAGUGGGUUCACUCGUUGUUUAAAGAUCGGAAAAAGUGGGUGCCUCAUUAUUUUCACGGAAUUUGUUUAGCUGGAAUGUGUGGACCUGAAAGAUCUGGAAGUAUCGCCUCUCAUUUCGACAAGUAUAUGAACUCAGAGGCUACAUUCAAGGACUUCUUUGAACUCUACAUGAAAUUUCUGCAAUAUCGAUGUGAUGUGGAAGCAAAGGAUGAUCUUGAAUCUCAGAGCAAACAGCCUACAUUGAGGUCUUCUUUGGCUUUCGAGAAACAACUUUCCUUAAUCUACACAGACGCUGCUUUUAAGAAGUUCCAAGCUGAGGUACUGGGAGUUGUUUCUUGUCAACUUCAAAAAGAAAGAGAAGAUGGGACAACAGAAAUAUUCUGUGUUGAAGAUUUCGAAAAGCGCCAAAGUUUCUUCGUUUCUUUGAACAAAGAGUUGUUGGAUAUGUAUUGCUCUUGUCAUUUAUUCGAGUACCAGGGAUUCCUCUGCAAACAUGCAAUACUCGUACUUCAAAACUCUGAUGUUUCUUGCAUUCCACCUCAGUAUAUAUUGAAGCGCUGGUCAAAGAACGGUGAAAACAGAGAAGAAAAACACGAAAAAUGUGCCACUAUACAUGACCGAAUGGCACGUUUUGAUGAUCUUUGUAGGCGCUUUGUCAAGUUUGGAGAAGUUGCAUCUUUAUCAGAUGAAGCCUAUAUGACCGCUAUAAAGUUGUUGGAGGAAACCUUGAAGAACUGUGUUAGUGUGCAUAGUUCUCCCAAGUCUCCUUCGGAACCGGAAAGGUUAAUGACAAGUGGAUCUAUUGGCUUAGAUAACGAAGGUAUGUUGGACUGUGGCUCAAAAUUCUCCAGGAAAAAGAAAAUUCAGAAGAAAAGAAAGGCAUACUGUGGUCCAGAGGAUGCAACAAACAGGUCAGAAGAACUCCGCCAAGAGACCGUUAGUAAUCCGGAACAAGUUAGCUCCAGAGCUCCUACCUUUGAGAACUGUUACAUUCCUCAAGCAGAUAUGGAAGCAACCGAACUAAGCUCCCGUGCAGCAACUCUUGGGAUCUAUUAUCCAGCUCAACAGACUAUCCAAGGAUUCGCAUCAGUAUCUUCCAUCCAGGAUGGUUACUACGGACAUCCACCAACCAUACAAGCCAUGGGAAACCUGCAUUCAAUUCCUGGACGGAUGAAUCAAUAUGAAACACAACCAAGCAUCCAAGGAGAUGAUCCUAUUCUUUUUCUGGAUUGUCUAGUUUCAGGGACAGACGGGUUUCAGGGGAAGCGCUAUCCGUGGCAGCUAUGACAUCGAAGAAACUCUACACGAAAUGACAAUGGAGUCCUCACAGUUUCAGGGCUCUGGUCCGAGCCAUCCGUAAUGAUCACCGUUUGUCCCCCUAACAUAACAAGCUUCAAGAAUUGCUUCUUCUUCUUCUUCUUUUUUUUUUUUCAUUUCUGUAAAAAAAAUUGGAAUGCUUUUUGUACAGUAAUCUCUGGAAUUGGGUUUGAGGUAACUCUUGCUUAUAAUUUUGCGG